AUGACGGCGAGCAUGUCCGAGGAACCCGGCAGUCCCCAGAGCUUCAACGAGCUCAAGCUCCAGGAAAGCGAGUUCGCCGAGGAGAUGUCGCACGGCGAGGACGAAGACGCCAUGGACGAGUGUGAGUUCGAGAUCACCUCCACCGAGGGGCCGGUGGACGCGGAGACGCAAAAGUUCGACACAAUCAUCGGCGCGCUUGAAGACCUUCUCAUGAGCGACGGGUUCUCCGAACGGCAGGCCGAGUUCUGCCGCGCCAAGUGCCACGUCUUCGAGGACACCGAGGAGAACAAGCUCGAGUACACGUCCAUCUUCGACGAGUACACCGAGACGCUGGAGGCUGCGAUGAUGGGACACCUCGACGAGUCCGUGGAGGGGUUCGACGCAGCCGAGUUUUUCGACAUGCUGGAGCAGAGGGAGGGGCAGCUUGACGGCGACGUGUUCGACCUGCUGAUGACCCUGACGAGCUUCGAGGCGUUCAAAGAGCUCAUGCUCGACUAUAAACGGGAGGCCGAUGGCGUCGGCGGCGUGGGGGAUGAGGGAGAGGGCGAGGGUGGCGAGGCCGGCGAGGGUAAAAACAUCUUCGGUUUGGGCCUGGGGAUGGGCUUCUCCGUGGCGCCCGCGCCCGCGGUCGGGGAGGAGCAGCUCGACGGGGACGAGCGUCCGGACCUGGACGAUAGCCUCAUCAUCACGCCAGGUCCGGGCGCAGACUCGCCGUGA